CAUAAUUGUUCAUCCCAAGUUAGAAUUUCCUAGCCAUCAAGCCACCAUGGCCGAGCUGUACGCGGAAGUGGCGGAUGAGGAGCAGCGGCUGGCGCGUGGGCCGUCGCAGCGUCAGUACUGGGACCGUAAGACGUUCUCUUCGUUCGCUGAGCAGCAGCGCGCCAUGGAGCGCUCCAGCACGUUGUAUGUGGGCAACUUGUCGUUCUUCACGUCCGAAGCGCAAAUCUACGAGCUGUUCAGCCGCGUGGGUCACGUGAAGCGCGUCAUUAUGGGCCUCGACCGCUUCAAAAAGACCCCAUGCGGCUUCUGCUUCGUCGAAUACAGUACACAUGCCGAGGCUGAAGCCUGUGCCCAGUUCCUGAGUGAGACCAAACUGGACAACCGCGUGGUGCGCUGCGAAAUGGACGGCGGCUUCCGUGAGGGCCGCCAGUUCGGCCGCGGACUGUCGGGAGGUCAGGUACGAGACGACAGACGCUCCAAGGACGACUACGACGCGGGACGUGGCGGCUACGGACGUGGAGACGACGCCACGGCGGACGGCCACCACUUCCGUCGCUCGGCUCACGUUAAGAGGCCUAGAGACGACGGAAUGACGGCGGACGAACCACCUGCCAGUCGUCAGCGACGCCCCGACUCGCCUAGAGACGAAGUUAAGGAGGAGGAGAACCCGAGAUUCCGCCAUCGGGAGAACGACGCGGACGGGGAAGAUGAACCCGCUGAACAGGCGACGACGGAGCAGCCUGUGCAGGACUUGCAGGAGACGACGGAGGCGUAGGAGGAAGGUGAUACCUUGUCAGACCUCACGUGUAAUGCAUGCCGCUUUGUUUCUAAAUACCCUCUUAAGUAUAUAGACUGAGACUUUGCACGAUUCCAUUAAACGGAGCCGAACUGCAAUAGCUCAACAUUUGAACCAUUGCAAUACCAUGGUCCAAAACGAAUCUAUAAGUAAGCUCCUCCAUCACCAGAAUGCCCGGAGCUAUUCCUUGCUUAGAAUAGAGCUUGCA